AUGGCUCGAGGCAUGGAGUCUGAAGAGAUGCUUAAGUCCACCGCCUCGUCGUUAGCACGACGGAGGUUGAUCUCCUUGACAGGCAAAGCCAUCGAGACACCGCACUAUGUCGCUGUAACCUCUCGCGGUGUCGUGCCGCACGUGUCGCCAGAUGUCCUGGCUAGGCACACCAGCAUCAAAGCUGUAUACUUUGGACUUGAGGAUUUCGUCGAGAAGUCUUCAGUAGAUGCGCCCAUCCUCACCACAUCCCAGACACUGGAAAAGACCAGCGAUGGAUCUGCGCUGCAUAAAUUCACCGGUCUUCCAGGACGAAUAGCCACAAUCCUCGGUCCGCGACGGGUCCCUCGAGUGACAUGUCCUGCACAGAGCACAGACAAGGCGAUUUCCAUAUGCACAUCAGUCGGCUUCCGGUCACUGACCGCAGAGGACUACCUUCACGCAGCGAGCAGUCUUCGACCCGAUGUCGUUGUUUCGAUGGCGGAUAUUGCGGACACGGACACGAUCAGCAGGAAAAGGACAGAGAAAAUGGUAGAUAGGACGCACAGCUGGUUCACAGAAGCGGCAUCCGAAUUGGCUCCGACGAAGGCUCGAACACAGCUGUAUGCUUCGAUCCUGCCGCUGGACAAUGUGCAGCAACAACUGUAUCUAUCCGACUUAGCGGACGACGAAUCGCCAAGCGGCGGUCCCGCUGGUCUGGCUCUUUACGAGUUUGAGGCAGCUGCUACACUACCCGCAGAAUUAUCAGAGCACGCACGAUUUUGCAUCUCGAACCCCAGCACGCCUCAGGAUGUUCUGCGGGCGAUAUUAUCUGGUGCAGAUUUAAUAACGACAUCAUUCGUUACCGCGACUACAGAGCGUGGCAUCGCUUUCGCCUUUAAGUUCCCUCCACCUCAAUCAUCCGACCACCAGCAGCUCGGCAUCGACAUGUGGUCAACCUCGCAUGCUACAUCAGUCACAGCUUUAUCUACAGAAUGCACCUGCUAUACAUGCAAACGGCACCAUCGUGCAUAUCUCCAUCACCUACUGCAAGCGAAAGAGAUGCUGGCUUGGACGCUGCUACAGGUGCACAAUUUCCAUGUACUGGAUAAGCUGUUUGUGGCCAUUCGUCACAGUCUCGAUGCUGCGACUUUUGAGCGCGACGCAAACGCGUUCAUUGCAUGCUAUGCUGACGCAUUUCCUGCUGGCGAGGGCGAAGAUCGAGGACCAAGAAUGAGAGGCUAUCAAAUGAGAUCUACCGGGCGAGGCGAAGAUCAGAAGCGAGCGAAGGCAUGGGGCAGAUUCGAGGACCCCUCUGGUACUGCUAGUGGUGCAGAUAGUCCUAGCGCUGCUGAGUUUGAGAACGAUCAGGCUAGGAAGGUAUCUGAAGCCAUCGAAGGCGGUGGCGAAGCACAGCUUGCUCUGACUGCCGAUGACUUCGAGCACUUGGGCUUAGCUGAGAAAGUCAAGGAGUCACAGUGA